GGUGUGAUAGUAGAUAUGUCUGUUCCAUUGACACCUUCUAAAAGACCACAUGACCGGAACCUUUCAGAGUCGAAUGGAAAAGGAAAGUGGCAGAAGGUACAGAAUCAACCCGUGAAAUCCUCUCUUGGAAGUGCUGUCUUCCGUUUGUUAUGUCCUGCUUUCAAAACCGGUGGCGUUAUUGGAAAGGGGGGCACCAUCAUAUCUGAAAUUCGACAACAAACUGGGGCAAAGGUCAGAGUUGAGGAUACUGUACCUGGUUGUGACGAGAGGGUAGUUUUUAUCUCAGGUUCUGAUAAAGAGACUGAGGUGGCUACCGACCUGAGCCAGGAGGAUGGUAGUGAAGAGACAAACAAGGAUAAAGAGAAAAAUGAUGAAAUGGAACAGAGUCAGAACAAUGAAGAUAAAGAGUCUGAUACUGUGGGAGAUUCUAAAUCUGAUAAGGGAACUUCAUCUGUGCAAAAGGCCCUUUUACUUGUUUUUGAGAGAAUAAUAGAAGGAGAAGCAGAGGCAGGUGGAGGGGAGGAAGACACUCAAGACAGCAGUAAGUCUUCAAUUGUUUUGAGGUUACUCGUGUUUUCCAGUCAAGUAGGCUGCCUUUUGGGAAAGGGUGGCAGUGUAAUCAAGCAGAUGUCAUCUGAAAGCAGGGCACAAAUACGGAUCCUUCCCAGAGACAAACUUCCUCUGUGUGCAUCAGUUACUGAUGAAUUAGUUCAGAUAAGUGGGGAAGCUGAUGCAGUUAGGAAAGCUCUCCAAUCUGUUUCUCAGCAGCUUUUGGAGAAUCCGCCUAAGGAUCAUGACCCUUCCCCUGUCAGCUCUUCAGGGCCUCCAGCACAUUCAUUUGGCCAUCCACCUCCAAGGCCUGACGUACAUCCACCACCUAACCGAUCUUUUGCUUCUGGACCACGUGAUGUUUCUGACUAUCAUUCUGCUGUUCCCCCCCUGUUUGCUAAAUAUCAUGAAAGUGGCAUCUCUGGUCGAAUUAAGCCUUCACAGGAUAUGCUAACCUUCCGAUUAAUGUGCCAUAAUGAAAGAGUAGGAGGUGUGAUUGGCAAGGAAGAGUUUUAAUGGAAAUAUUUUGGG